UCAAUUUUGCUCGUUGUAAUUUUGAAAUCGUGUGAUUGUAGUUUUUUAAAUAAAUCCUGUUCUCGGAUUCUGAUAUUUUAAAGAGUCUGUCUACAAACAAGAAAAAUCAAACAAGUGAUAACUUUGCACCUCGUGGUUAACAUUAUAUUCUUCUUAAUAACAUUUCAGUAUUGGUAACAUAACCUUGAAAGCUUUACAAAAUGUUUAAUUCUUCAAAAUUAUCUGAUUCGCCCAGUUACUUUAAAACAAACUUGACGAAUAUUAGAGACGAAACCAUAAAUGACACGAGUAGAAAUAUUCUAUUUCCGAAAAUUACUUCCACACCUUUAAACAGCAUUUUUGCAACUCCACCCAAGAACAAAAUAAUGACUCCCAGGAGAUAUUCUUUAUCAGAAGUGGCCACCCCACCAAGACACAACAGGAGAGAAUAUGUCCGAUCAACUACCUCUAAAUAUCAGCCAGGUCCGUUGUUAGCCUCCACAAAGUUUAAUUUAAGUGUUAGCACAUUUGAAGAUGCAAAAAGCCCAGGAUUAGUAAAUAGGAUUGUACAGUAUAACGAAGAAACAGAAAGACAAAAAGAACAAAGACGUCCUGUGACACACCAGGAAAAAUAUGGCAGUGUUGGACUGUUUCCUGUAGUACAUCUUUUCAAAAACAAGUUGCCUACCUUGCAAAAGAAACCUAGACAUGUAACUGUUCGUGUGGCAAGCCCAGAUUAUGUGAAACAUACUCCAGAAUACAAUAGAAAGUUAUUAGAAGGUCUAGUCAAUCCAACUGGAGGGAACCAUACUUUAUUAAACUCAAGACAUUCUGGAAACUCCACUAGUACUAGAAGUGUACUUGAUGCUCUAAAAGAAAUAUCUAGGAAAAGAAUACAUGCAAAUGAGGAGUUGGAAUUAAGAAAAGACGCAGGAAAAAGACUUAGAACAGAUAAUGAUGACCAUGUUGAUUCUAGUAAAAGGUUAAGAGAUGAAUCCCUCCUCCAGGAAAAUACAAGUCCUUCAAAACCAGUUUCUAAGAAAAUCUGCAUGUAUGAUGAAUAUGCAGCUUCUAGAUCAUCUAUGGAUUUUGCCUUUAAAAGAACAGAAUCCACACAACCUAAAAGAAAAUCCAUAAGUAUAAGUACAUUGACUGAAAAUCCAAAACAAACAAAAGAAAUAAAACUGCAAAAUGCUGAAACUCAGACUCUAGAAGAAGUAUCAAGUAUUGGUAAUACAAGUACAAAUAAAACUACUGAUGAAGAUGCUAGUAAAGAAGAUUUAGAAAAUAAGCAAGAUGAAAAUGUAGGAUUAAAUGAUGAAGUUUUUGAUGAAGGUACUUUAUCGGUAGUAAGGGAAAAUAGAUUGGCAUCUUUUAUAGGAACCCUUAUUGGAAAAGAUCCUGUGUUAGAGCGUAGUUAUAAAGACUUAUGUAGAGAUGAAGUUGAUGAGGUGGAACCUGAAACAGAAGCAACAACUACUAAUGCAGGAAAACCACUUGUAGGAAUUUUAUCGCCUGCGCAAAAAUCAACCAAGAAAAUUGAGAAACAUGUAACAUUUAAAAUUCCAGAAAGUACUUCACAGAAUAUUGAAACUUCUGCAGCAACAAGUACUGAACAUUCAGUUGGUAAAGCUACAGAGAAACAAGAACAAAAAGUACUGCCACAAUCUUCAGUGGCAAGUAAAGGUGAUGGUAUUUCAAUAAGACAUGGCGGCUUACUAUUUCAUGGAGAUAGCUCUGGUUCUUCACAAGUACCGUGUACCAGUGCCACAUUUGUAAAUGCUAAUACACCAUCUUCAAUUCCAUUUACUCCAAAAUCUCUAAGUGCUGAUGCUCCUAAAACUAUUCCCAGUUUUAAUUUUGGUAAUAAACCUGCAAUUUCUUCACCAUCAUCCACGCUUACUGCUAGUCCACCAAAGAUGGGUGGAUUCAAAUUUGACUUAUCUAAACCUGCAGCCUCAGCUGUUGAUUCAAAAGUUGUUAGCAGUUCUACUACCCCUAAUGUAACACUUACUGCACAACCAACAAAUACUACACCAGCACAGUUCUCUUUUGGUCCUAAAACUUCUAAUACUUUUGGCACUAGUAUACCAGCGUUAAAUUCAACUGUUAGCACAUUUACUUCAGCAGUUGAAACUACCACUGCUGGAUCCACAGUUACUGCAAGCAUUCCACCAAUUACUUCAGUACUCUCAGCUCCACAAAAUCAAACAUUUGCAGUGUCCUCCACUGCUAGUAAUAAACCAACUUUUGCCUUUGGAACAAGUUCAUCCCCCCCAAACAGCUCUUUUAACUUUGGUGCAAAAUCAGAACCUUCAACAACAUCAAGUAGUUUUGGUACUCUAUUUGGUGCUACAUCAAUUAAUACUAUCACUACUUCUGCUACUACUAGUUUUAACACUUCUACUUCUGUUGCAAAUAAAGAUUUAAUUACAAGUUCAACAGCUACAAAUAGUUUUGGUACCACAUCGACAGUUCCCGCUUUUGGAAAUGCUAACAACAGUUUUCAACUUCCUAAAACAGAAAAUGCAGGUUUUAAUAAUUCUUCAACUGCAACAAAUACCAGUGCUUUUGGUGGACAAAAUACUGUUAGUUUUGGUACUGCAACUACGACUUCUAGUGGUUUUGGUAAUGUUUCUAGUUUUGGAAACAAUACUGGACCUGGCUUUGGCACAACUGGAUUUGGAAGUACCACAGCUUCAGGAUUUGGAACUACCACAACCCCAGCUUUUGGAACUACUACAACUCCAACGCCAGGUUUUGGUACUACUACAACUCCAGCUUUUGGAACUACCGCAACUCCAACACCAGCGUUUGGUGCGACUACAACUCCAACACCAGCUUUUGGAACUACUACAACUCCAACACCAGCUUUUGGAACUACCACAACUCCAACGCCAGGUUUUGGUACUACUACAACUCCACCUCCAGCUUUUGGAAAUACUACAACUCCAAAUUCAGCUUUUGGUACUAACCCAACUCCAGCCUCACCUUUUGGAGGUGCUACCAAUACAGGAUUUGCCACUGCCACAACAGGUUUUGGCAGUACUCCUUCUGGUUUUGGUGUGGCUACAACAACAUCUUCGAAUUUUGGUUCUACAGGUAGUAAUGUGUUUGGAGUAACAACUACCAGUUCUGGAUUUGGAGGUACUUUUACUUCUCCAGCAAAUUUGAACUCUCCUUUUGGUAGCAAUACAUCAGUCAACAGUAACUUCGGUGUUUCAACUACUUCUGCUGGUGGAUUUGGUACUUCUAAUACUACAAAAUCAAAUACUGCCGGUUUUGGUAGCACAACAAGUUUCAAUUUUGGUCCUACAACUACUACAGCUAGCACUGGUUUUGGAGGUUCUACCACUACAACACAAGGAUUUGGCACCACAACAGCACCUGCAUUUGGAACAACUCCUGGUUCUAUAUUUGCAAGUACUAAUGUUCCUAGUUUUGGAACUACAGGAUCUUCAUUUUCAGAAGCACCUUUUGGGGCUGCUACUACAAGUACUCCAGCAUUUGGAACUACUACAACAACACCUUCAUUCAGUUUUGGUGGCAACAACAAACAUUUUGGAGGAGGAGCAAAUACAGCUUUUGGUGCACCAACAACUACUACCAAUUCUGUGUUUGGUACUACUCAGAGUCCAUUUGGAAGUGGUAUGCCAACUACUUCUACUUCAGCCCUUCCAUUUGCAUUUACAGCCAAAGUCACCACCAGUAGUACAUUUCCUUCAACAAAUACUUCAACCACUUCUUUUGGAAACAACUUUGGUCAAACUAAUUCCGCUUUUGGGACACAAAAUUCUGGUUUUGGUACUCAAAAUAAAGCUCCAGCUUUUGGUAAUAAUGCUACACCUGCUUUUGGAAGCUCUGUCCCCACCCAAGGCUUUGGAACUUCAGCUCAGCCAUCACAACCUUUUGGCAGUUCAGGUUCCGUCUUCAACAAACCACAGGCCGCUCCACAGAAUGCAUUUAAUUCUUCUCAAUUCAACUUCAAUCAACAGCAGAACGCUGCUCCCAACCAAGCCGGGGUGUUUACAUUUGGAGCGGGAGCGAACGAAAAACCGGGAGGAUUCAAUUUCAGUGGAGCUGCAUCAGGCGAAACUCCCAAAAAAUUCGACUUCACGGGCGGUAGUACCGCUGCACCAGCUUUCGGUACUGCUUUUGGUACUACACCUGCAGUUCCAGCAUUUGGAGCAGCACCUGCGACAGGCGGUUUUAGUAUUGGCUCUGGGCCCAGGCCAAGGAAACAAGUUACUGCGAAGAGAAGAACUUGAUUGACAAAGAUGUUGUAAAAGGAAAAGUACAAUGGAAAAGUGAGUUACGGAAUAAUUUUUAAUAAAGGUAUUUUGUGAUCUGAUUCUUUAUUUGGCCCAUUUUAUCUACAAAUACUUGCUGAUGUAUUUUAAAAAUGUUAACUGUCAAACCGGUUUAGAGAAAUGUGUUAUUUUAUUUAAAUUUAACAACCUUUGUCUGUCAAGGAGUCAGAAUUUGUCGAUUAUAUUACAGAUCUACGUUUGACAGGUUCGAUUAAAGCCUGGUCGCUUAAUAUGUAAAUAAUAUAUAUACUUUUUAUUUUUAACUGAUUGUAAAAAAUUAGUUGAUGUAAAUGUAAACGAUUUUAUGAUUAAAUUAUCCUCAAAAAGUGUUUGAAAGGUUCUUUUUUAUUUUUGUAAUAAAUAUACUUGACAUUAUUUUGUCCCAGUUCUCUUUAUAUACCUUAUUUAUUUUAACUGGUUUCUUUAAAAAAUGUUUUUUAAAAAAUAUCAAAAUAAAUAAAACGCACAAACAAAAUUAUAUGUUUUAUUGAAACUAUUACAAAUACAGUUUAUAAGAAACUUUUGAAUAAUUUAAAUUUAAUUUAAAUGAUUUUAUUGAUAGUGCCCUUUAAUUGUUUUGAGAUACUCCUUUAACAUACAAUGUGGUUCUUGUCAGUUAAACGUGAUAAAAGAAAUUAUGCACUCUUAAUAGUUUCCAUAUUUUUUAUUUAUUUAUUUGUGACAUGAUUUUUUCUAAUAAUUGAUCUUAUUUUUCACAGUUAGCAAACAAAAUCAACAAGCAGGUAUAGUUGCGGUAAGAAAUAUAGUAGAAUCUAGCUAGAACGAUAUAGCAGAACAGUAGUUCUGAUUUAAGAUAUAGUGCGGCGGCUGGUUGUUCUGAUAAUUAAUAUAUAAUUAAAAAUAUUUAUUUUUUACUUAGGUAAAUACCUUUAACCUAUUGCCUGCAGGCAACGCGCCUCUCGCGUUUUGACGAACUUUGUUUAUGUACCGGCAACGAACCUCUCGCGUUCUUCAUAUGAUUCAUCAUUCAUCUUAUGGGUCUAAUAUUUGGCAGUGGGUGGCAGUCAAAAGGUUAUUAAAGCAGGACGUGUCGUAUGUGCUCAAAUUAAUUUUGACCAUUUAUAUACAUUUUACCUUACUCCCCUCUUACUGCAUGCUUUCAUUGAUAACUGAUGUAGAAAUUAUUUUGUUAUUGUUAAACUUAUUAAUACAUAAAUUUAUGUAAAAAAUAGGUUCAAACUUAAAAUUAACGUAAGGAUACGGUUCAAAUUUUUUUAAAUUCAGCAAAAAAUGUAAGCAUGUCCCCCUCCUUUUUGUUUAUCUCAAAAAUACAAGACCAAAACAUAUAAAAACUUUUUUAAACGAGAUUCUUUUCAUUUUUACACUUGUAUUUUGUAUUGCAUUAUUACAUUGUAUUACAUUCGUCAUUUGUAUUUUGAAAUACUAAUUGCAUAACACAACAAUUAACAAGGAAUCUCUUAUAAUACUUAUACGCUUAAUUCAUUUUCUCUUCUUCCGUAUUUUCUGAGUCACUAUCAUCAUUCGAUUCAAUAAUAAAUUUAUUUCCACCAUUAAUGUGGAAGUGUCUAAUCUUCUUAUAGUAUUCUUCAACUUUGAUAACUUUGGCGAUUUUUUUCUGCCAGUCUUCUUUGGUAAUAUUAGAUACUUCUUUUUUAAUUAUAGUCGGUUAACUAAACUCAGACAUAACUGGCUAGUGAUUUUUAAGUAAUUUUGCCAAUUUGGUAAAAUUGACAAAACAAAAUAAUUACUAAAUAGUUAAUAAUUACUAAAUAGUCAGUAAUUUUGCCAAUUUUGGCAAAAUUGGCCAAAAACAAAAAAUUACCUACUAAAAUCACUAGCCAGUUGUGUCUGAGUUUAGCGCGAACCGACUAUAACUCAGUUACCUUCUUAUCCAAUUUGGAAAAUAUAUUUGCACUCCUGAUACUUGGGUUUUAAUUAUCCCAAAUUAACUCUAUAGAAAUGGUACCACAAAAAUAGGGGGGAAGUCUCAAUAUAGUAUGUCCAUACUUUUCGGUAAUACUCUCUAGGGCGUAUAAUUUGUUAAAUUGCUUCGUGUGUAGAACUUCAAGUUGUUUUUUUUUAUAAAAAUAUUAGAAAGGCAAAUCAUUUUCCAUUCAAAAUCUUUACCGUUCAAUAAGAUGUCUUAGUAAGCUGAGUAAGCUUAGUAAGCUAUUUGACUCCUCCAAGUUUGGAAUCAGUGAGUUUUCAAACCAAUCUUGAACAUAUCAGCUUCCACAGUAGAUGGUAGUCAACGUUACAACUACCUAUUUUUUUCCAACAUAAUUUUAAAGCAUUCGGAGCCCAUCCCUCACUUAUUUCGCAAUGUAUAAUAAUUAGCCGCGAUCUUUUAUUUACAUGCAUUUUUGAUAUGCACAUGUUUAACCAUCUGUCCAUCCUUUCUUAUCUGUAUCGUGGGUAUCACACCAAAAUUUCGUCUAAAUAGUAAAUUGCCUCAGUUCAGGCCUACAAAAAUGUAGUAAUUUUUCUAGGUCUAUAUUACGUCUCUUGACUAUUCUUUGAAUUUCCAUAACUGGUUGACGUUUAUUUAUUGUUUUAAAUUUAAACCCCAUUUUCUUUAUCCAAUUUUAAAGAGUUUUUCCGAUUUAUUUCGUAAUAUUUCUAUUGUAGGUAUUUCAUUGCUUCUGUAGCAAUCGUAGAUUGUGGUUUUCAAUAGUUUUGUAAGAUAAGCAUCUGUAGUUCUUAAAAAUGUGUAGUUACAUCACUUCUUGCGGUGAAAGGGUUCAUUUUUAAUUAUUUUGUACCUAGUUGAAAGUGGAAUUUCUGUUAAAUCAGAAGUUACUUUUUUUUUAGGAAUCACAUUGACUGCGGCACUGCUACAUCACUAUUCAAAAUAAUUAAAUUAGGGCAAACAACAUUCUACACUCUACUAACGAACCGCUCCCCAACUAUUAUCCCAACCGCUUAACUGCAUCCGGUCGGUCGUAAAAAAGAAGCGCUGCAUCAAACGUCGCCGCAUUUAGAGUUCUACUAUAUAUGUUACCGCUACUUUAUUUUGUAAUUCUCUCUUAAGGAGGUAGGGGCAAAGUCUUGGUCCAAUGCUAUUUAAAUCCAUUAAUUUUUUUCUAAUCCUGAGAAAACUAAUAGGUAUUUUUGAAAAAUUUAAACGCAGAAUGAAAAAUUACAUUAUUACCGAGGGCCUGAAGUCCCUAAAAACUUCUAUAAUGUUUAUUUUAGUAAGUUACAGGGGAGAAAAAAAAAAGAGAAAAUUUAGUGUGAUGUUUAAUUUUAAAUAUUUCACUUAAAAGAAACUUUUUGUUUAUUUUAAGGGACUUUCUAAUCUUUCAUUCUGCUUUUAAAUUUUUUAAAAAUAUUUAUUGGUUUUCUCAGGAUUCGAAAAAAAUGACUGCAUUUAAAUAGAAUUGGACCAAGAUUAAUCACGAUAUCCCUUUAAUGGUUAUUUGAAAUAAAUAAGGUAUAUCUCUAUAUUGUCACAGAUAUUUAAGUAGGUCGCACAUUAUAGAGGAGCGGAAAUUCUGAACCUCCGCACAUAAGCAUUGAAAAUUUUAUUUAUAUAUGAGUAAUUUAUUGUCGCCUCAAUGGCUUAGCUGGCCAGUACUUUCACUUCAUUGUGAGUAGUUUAGCGGGCACAUGGUUCAAUCAAUACACUUACUAGUGUUAUAUUUCACUCACUGCUCUCAUUUAUUCGAUCGUCUUUCUUCUUUUUUUGUCCAAUUGAUUUCAUUUUCCUUGUAGUCUUUUCUUCUGUUAAACUCUUAAUUGUUUUGGGAUUUUCUAAUUAGAUAUUACUAAUUGGAAUAUAUAAUUAGAUGUGUACCAGCAUUUGUCAAUAGAGGUUCUUGAUUUAUCUGUUGUCUAAUUUCUUCAUUUGUGUAUCUAUCUAUUUUGGUAUUUAAGUCAUUUCAUUUCCUUGGCUAUUAUCUUGCUUUCAUGUUUUUUUCUAUAUUAUUCAUGUGUCACACGCCAUGUGUUACACGCAUGGUCAAUAGAUGGGAUAACUUUUGUGUUAAAAACUAUCAAGUUCAACAUUUGUAUGUUUUUUUUUUCGAAUUUAUUUUGUUUUUGCUAUAUCUAGGAAUAUUUUCAAUCAUGGUCCCUAGAUAAUCAUGUGAUUCUACUGAUUGCAAUUCUUUCGCUUUGGAUUCCUUUAUUUUGUUUUUGUUUUCAUUAUUUAUUAUUAUGUUCUUCUUUUUGUUCUUAAUUCAGACGAAACACUUCAAUCCCUGGCACCUAAGCAUAAUACCUUUGUACCAAAUCCUAUUUACUUUCCAUUAAAUUCCAAUAGGUCAUGUGGCCCCAAUGAAGGCCAACAAUUUCCUCAUUGGUAGUUUAAUGAUCUCUUCUGGUCCAAGCCUCAGCACGUUACCAUAGCAUAGGAUGUGUAUGGGAGUGGCAAUCUCUUCUUCCAUUUCUUAUUUUCCGCGCCAUGGGUAAUUCACCUUAUGCUCCUUCUCAGAGACAUCUUUCAGUACGUCACCACAGUUUUUCGAUUUCUUUCUAACGCAUUAAGUUGGAAGUGGCAGAUCUCAGAGACUUCUUUCAGUGCGUCACAGUUUUUCGAUUUCUUUCUAACGCAUUAAGUUGGAAGUGGCAGAAAAAAAGGUACGUCCGUGAUUCAAAUCAUUUAUAACAUUUAUUUUAGUUGUUGAUAGAUGGCGCUGUAAUCGAACAAAAAAUGAUUUAUAUGUAUUAUCUAUACGACUGUAAUCUGUACAAUUUAUAAGACUAUACAAAUCAAAGAACGUUCCUUUUUAUAAAUGAAAUAAACACAAUUGAUUUGUUUUUAUACCAAAUUACAAUUACGAUUCUGACAACUGUCAGAUUUAACUAAAUUGUCAUGCUAUGAUUCUCUAAAUUCUUAAAAUCAUAUAUUACAUCAUUAAUGACACACUGGAAGACUGAGAAGAACUUUUAAUUAUUAUAGUCGUAUAGAUAUGUAAUAGGUAAAUACCUAACUCUUUUUUCCGAUUAUAGCGCCAUCUACCAACAACUGGAAUAAAUAUUAUAAAUGUGUAUGUAUCACGGACCUACCUUUUUUUCUGUCACUUGUGACGCACUGAAAGAUGCCUCUGAGAAGGAGUAUACCUAUUUUCUAUAGGUGUUUUCUUAAACGGCAAUUUCCAAUCACCAUGAUGGUGACCGUUUUAAUCUCUCGUUUAUUGAGUUUCAUCAAAUUCUCGGAGAGUUUUUAUCAAUAUUCUUCAUUAUUUUCUUAGUCUGGAUUUGUCCUUAAGUGGCUCUCCAUUUUUUUGUAAUGAUUCUUUUUUAAGCCACAAUUGAUUUUAAUGAAAAUUCCAUUUUAUAAUUGUUUCUGACGUUUCAAUUUCCACUCAAGAUAUUGUUUUCAAAAAAGAAUAUUUUGAAAAAACUUGCCAAAAAAUAUAAUUAAAAGUUUAGCGCUUAUGUUUUUCAAAACUGACGCGUGACUUACUUGGCUUAGAUCUUGUAGGCAAAUAGCCAUGCUUUUAGUUGAAAAAUUCUGAUUAUUUUGUACGUUUAUGUAUUGUGUAUAUGUGUUGUAUGUGUUUGUGUAUUAUUGUAGAUUAUGUGUUUCCGACUUUCUAUUAAUCCGCCCAUGUCGGUAUAUUCUUGUUGCUGAGUUCUUCUUUUAAUAUUGGCAACCAGAACCUGCUACCGUCUACUGAUGGGUUUGCUAUACAUUUUUCUUCAUUAAGUAGGUUGAGACCUCUUUUUAAAAUUUUUCUCUUUUUCAUGUCUAUUUCUUUCAUGAUUAUUUGGAUCAAGAGCUAGUAACGUUGGAAAAAAAAUCAUUUUAAGACGGCUGAUUCUUUCAUAUAUUGUUCCCUAUGCUUCCUCGAACACCGUACCGACCAUCUGGCUACUGAUACAGGUUGCGUUCAUUAUUGCGCAGCACUCUUGUACAGGUAAACAUAUCGAAUUUAAACUUAUUAUAAGACGAAAAAUUUUUUUGUCAUUACUUUUUAAACAUUAUUAGAAAUAUGAACUGUAAUUGGUUGAACAUUAUUAAUUGAACAUUUCUGUGGUUUAAAAAGUGAUGACAAAAAAAUUUUUCGUCCUAAAAUAAUUUAAAUUCAAUAUACAGGAUGAUUGAUGAGUGUGAUAAAGCUCAGUAGAUCAGCUAUAGUAAUAGAUAGCAAUAAAAGUUAAUAAUAAAAAUUGUGGCCAACUUUCAGCUUCACAUUACGAAAUUAGUUAGAUUGUUACAGGGUGUUCGAUAACAUAGUGGCAGACCAGUUUUUUUUAAAUGGAACACCCUAUAUUCUAUUUUAUAUUCGAAAUCCCCUUAACACCCCCCAUCACAAAAAUAUAAAGGUUUGUUAUGUUAUAUAGGGCUUUAACAAAGUUAUAACCAAUUUUUUAUGAAAAUCGUAAUAAGUUCAGCUCCCUGUAUAAAUAAAAAAAGCACAACAGCGAUGGUUUAUUAGUGCCAUAUUUUUUUGUUGAUUGUGAAAAUUUUUAAGAAUUGUUGAUAUUGCUAAUUUUUCUUAUAUCGAAUACAGGGUGAGUCAAAACGCAAGUACAUUCUUUUCUCACAAAUUUUAAAUAGAACACCCUGUACUUUAUAUUAUUAUCGAAACGUAUCAUUACCGUACUUUAAUUUUUGUAUAAUAUUCCCUAUGCCUAAAUUUGUCAGUUUUAUUAUUAGUGUUGUUCUAUUUAAAAUUAAUGUGAAAAUAAUGUACUUGCGUUUUGACUCACUCUGUAUUCGAUAUAAAGAAAAUUAGCAAUAUGCUUCUUUUCAUGAGCAUUUUUCAGUGCGUCACAAAUGAUAGAAAAAAAGGCAAGUCCGUGAUAAUAUACAUUUUAGUGACAUGUUAGUUAAAUCUGACAGUUGUCACAUUUUAUUUGCAAUUUGGCAUAAAAUCAAAUCAAUUGUGUUUAUUGCAUUUAUAAAAUGGUAUUUUCUUUGAUUUGUAUAGUCUUAUAAAUUGUUCAGAUUAUAUUCGUAGAUAUAUUACAUAAUUCGAAAAUUAUUUUAUUUUCGAUUAUGGCGCCAUCUAUUGACAACUAGAAUAAAUGUUACCGACCUGCGUUUUUUUCUGUCACAUACAAUUUAAUGCGUUAGAAAGAAAUCGAAAAACUGUGACGCACUGAAAAAUCCUCAUUAGAAAAAGCAUAUCAACCAUUUUUAUAAAUUUUGACAAUCAACAAAAAAAUAUGGCACCAAUAAACCAUUGCUGUUGUGCUUAUUUUUAUUUAUACAGGGAGCUGAACUUAUUACGAUUUUCAUAGAACAUUGGUUAUAACUUUGUAAAUACCCUAUAUAACAUAACAAACCUUUAUAUUUUUGUGAUGGGGAAGUUAAGAUGAUUUCGAAUAUAAAAUAAAAUAUGAGGUGUUCCAUUUAAAAAAACAAAAGUUUGGUCUGCCACUAUGUUAUCGAACAUCCUGUAGCAUUCUAACUAAUUUUGUAAUGUGAAGCGCAAAGUUAGCUACAAUUUUUGUUAUUAACUUUUAUUGCUAUCUAUUACUAUAGCGGAUCUACUAAACUUUUUCACACUAAUCAAUCACCCUGAUUUUGUGUUUACCUGUACAGGUGUGCUGCGCAGUAAUGAACGCAACCUGUAUCAGCAGCCAGAUGGCCGGUACGGUGUUCGAGAAAGCAUAGGGAACAAUAUAUGAAAGAAUCAGCCGUCUUAAAAUGAUUUCUCGAAAACGUUGCUAGCUCUUAGACCAAUUUGAUGUAUCUUUCCAUUGGACUCUGUGGUCAUUGUCCCAGGCAUGUUUGCAUAUCUGUGAUUGGUCGAAGUCUCUGUUUUUGAUGUAUGUUUAAUGCUUGUUUAUCCUGACACUUGGUGGUCUUGCGGUUCCUCCCACAUAGAAAUUGUUGCAUUGGCAGGGUAUUUUAUAGAUGCAGUUCUUUGAUCGUUUUUGUGUGUUGUUAGGUUUGGUUUUGGACAGGAUAGAUCAUCUCAGCGUAUUGCUUGUUUUGAAUGUUGAUUGCGAUUCUACGUCGCGAGCGUUCAUACACAUUUCAUUGAAUAGUGUAUUCCGUUCUUAUCCAUUCGCCGCUGUUACAGCCCGCGGUAGUGUGGGGGUUUUUAGUUAACACAUAUUCUUCUUCUUCAUGUGCUUUGUCCCUUGCGGACGCGUUGGCUAUUAUCAUACCACUUUUAAUUUUGUUUGCGGCGUUUCUGAAUAACUCAAUCGAUGUUAGUAAUACAAACCUUUGGCGUAAGUUUUGAAGCCAUGAGUGUUUUCUUCUUCUGGGUUCGCGUUUGCUCUCUAUUUUACCCUAUUCUCAGUUGGAAUAUAUGAUAUUUAUCAUGUCUCAUAAUAUGACCAAGGUAUUUAAGUGUCCGUAUCUUAAUUGUGAAAGAUAUUUCUUUUUGUUUUCCCAAUCGGCGCAAUACCUCUACGUUGGUGGUGUGGGUCGUUCAGGAUAUUUUGAGGAUACGUCGGUACACCCACAUUUCGAAUGCUUCUAGCUUUUUCAUUGUUUCCGUUAUUGUCCAGGCCUCUGCGCCAUACAGCAAGACUGGAAAUACAUAGCAUUUUAACAGCCGUAUUUUUAGCGGUAGAGUAUGUCGCAAUGGGUGAAUAUAUUUCUCAUGUUGUUAAAUGUUGUUCUGGCCUUUUCAAUUCUAGAUCAUAAUUCGGUUGUUUGACCCCAUUUCGAGUUGACGACUGUUCCAAGGUAUACAUACGCGUCUACGUGUUGAAUUAAUUGGUUUUUUAAAAACAUGCUUUUAAAAAAUUUCCAUUUUAUUCCGUUUUUACAAUAAUUGUUAAUGUGCGGCCUGUUUUGUAUCAAUAUUCAGUUAUAUUUCGAAAUGAAUGUACACAUACAUUAUUUAUUUAUUUUAUUAUAUUUUUAUAUAAUAAUUGAUGUAUGAAACUAGUAUAGAAUUUUUCGAGAUAUAAAGUUAUUAUGGGAGAGUUCUACAUAAUACGUUUCAAGAUGUUGAAUACUUACUUAAAUUUGAUUCAAAGGUAUAAAUAUAGACUUAAUUUUUAAAAAUAUAUACUUUAUACAUAUUAUUAACAUCCAUAAUGAGAUGUCUAAGACCCGUAGAUCAGCUGCUCAUAGUUUGAUAAAAUUGUUUUGUCUACACUGAUCAGAAGGAUAAAUUAUUUAGUAAGCAAACACUAUUUUUAUGUUAAAUAUUUUUUCUUAAAAAUAUGUGAUUUUAAACGUCGAAUUUUUAUAGUUUUUUUUUUUAAUCUCAAGUGGUAUGUUUGGUACCUAUGAAAUUAGCUAGAAAUAGUCUUACUAAAUAGUUGAUUGAUGUACCGUGAAAUAGUGUAUAUAGCGACAGUUCUUUGUGUUUUAGUUACCUCAGCUACUGCUGUAUGGUAUGGUACUGCCUUACAAGUUAAUUUACUGGAAAACAAUCAUUCAUUCAUAUUACAAAUAAAUAAAUAUAACUAUUGCUAUUCAUUCCAUGAAAUUUUUUGUAAACUUUUCCAAUAUAUCCUUUUUCAUAAAGCUUAAAAACCUUUAGAGCAUAUUAUAAUCAAAAUGAAUUUUUGCCCAUAACUUUGAGAAUGCCAAAGUCCCCAAGUGAAAACUUUGACAAAUGAAGACCACAGGGAAAGAACUUGAUAAGUCCACUUUUUAACAUUUUUUGUUUUAAUACCACUUUGUAGCUUUAAUUACAUAGUUUCUAAGAGUAACACAAUACAGAGUAUUAACUUGAUAAGUCAAAAGAUAUAAGCGUUUAAAAAAUCCUGUACAGGAAAAGAACUUGACAUGUCCAUUCCAAACAGGGGAAAACGUUGAUAUAGUAUUUUUACUACAAAAACGUUAUUACGUAGGUCAAAAUUUUUGACGUAAGAGAACUGUCAAAACAUUAGAAUGUGACUUUUCAUUAUUGCCGUGUUUAUAAUAAACAUAGCAAUAAUGAAAAGUCACAUUCUAAUGUUUUGACAGUUCUCUUACGUCAAAAAUUUUGACCUACGUAAUAACGUUUUUGUAGUAAAAAUACUAUAAGUCCAGGUACUCCUAGUAGUCUGCAACAAUGGCAUGCGACAUUGGAUAAUCUGAUUUCUACAGUUUCUGUGUUUCCAGAUUUCUGUGUUUUAUUAUUAUUAUUAUGUAUAUAAGGUGCCCAAAAAAAAAUUUGAGAAUUAUAUGAAUUGACGCAAAAAGAAGAAUGUAUAUAAUUUAUCUAACUCAAAAUACAUUCUAUUGUUGUCAGAAAAUAGAAAAAAAUGUUAAUUUGCUUUUCGCUUAAAUUAAAUAUUCAAACUGGAUAACCAAAAUAGAUAGCCAAUUAUUUUAUAGGAAAAGAAAUUGGUAAGUCCUUCUUUAGGUACAGGGGAAAAACUUGUUAAGUCCAUGUAGAUGAAUAAAAACCAAUUAAUACCAUGAAUAUGCAAUAUAAAUUUAAAAAAACUAAAACGUAAACCAACAACCAAUAGUGUAUCAAUUUUUUUUCUUUUUAUUACUACAUAAUUAAUUGUAAGAUGUAUUUUAACAUAAUCACAGUUUUAUAAAAAUGUUCUGAACAAAACCAAAAAUGUGACUUAUCAAGUUAUUUUCCUGUGGUCUUCAAAUGAUUUUCCUUCAAGCCUUAAUUGCCAAUGAAUCCUCUUCAGAAAAACUCUCCCUCCAUUCUGCCUCACUUUGUGGGCAGAUGAGACUCUUCAGAAGUUUAUCAUCAUGAUCUUUAACAGGUUUUUUCCUUAAUGUGCUGCUCUUUGUGCUUUUGUUCUCGUUGCUGAGUAAUGUUGUUCAUUCAUUUUUGUCAUUAGAAACCUCUGCUUUGAAAUCUACUGCUUUGACGUUUUUACCAGAAAGGUCUGAUACUUUGGUUAUUUUUUGUCUUGUCUUUGAUUUAUCAAAUUGUCUUGCUUCCAUGUGCUGUUAGAAGCUGGCAACUAAGGCUUCAGCGGCAGUAUCAUUGUUAAUUUUAGAAUCUUUGGAGGAAGGCAGCAUGUUUACAACUUUGUUCAUAUCCAGUGGAAGAAUGCCACAUUUUUUGAAACCAGAAACAUUAUUUUCUUUUACUGACACUUAUGGCUCUUUAAGGAGAUUUGGACAUCGAUCUUUUGACAAAGAUGCUUCACUUCUUUCCGAGUCUUGUUUGCAUUUUAGAGGAGUGGAACUCCAAUUCUGUUGUGGACGGAGAAAAGCCACGUAAAGAGGUUGUUUAAGAUGUGUAGAGUUGCUUGGCAAAAAAACAAAUUUGAUGUUAUGUUAUUGGCAAAUUUUAAUAAUUUCUUCAGAUGGGUGUGGCGCUAAAUUAUCGCCUAACAAGAUCUUUACUCCAUCGAGUUUUGAUAAAUGAGGUUAGUUCCAUCAUCAGCAACAGCAAACAUAACCGACAUGGAAGCUUUUAUGACGCCCAUUAUUCUUUCGAGAUACUUACAACCCCUCAGAGCAAUAACCACUUUUUGUGGGUCAUUGCAUAAAUUGGUCUUAUCAUAAUUAAUGAUAUUGUUUGCUGGAAUAUCUUUUAAUUAUAUACUUAGAUGAUCCAAGUAUUCAUUGAUAGUGUGUUCAGUAAUAACCACUUUAAACCUUUUUUUAUUUUGACAUAAUGCACAUCAGUAAAAUCUCUUUUAUUAUCAUUCGUAAAGUAUGUGUCGCUAUUCACCCCAGGUUAUGUAAAAACUUGACAUAACCUGAAAAUACUUUCUUAACAAAAGUUAUUAUUUUUUGUGUGUAUAAAACGAUUUGAGUUUUAUUUAUAGGAUACUCUUCUAGAGAGCAAUCUGUAAAGCAAUACAGUAAAAGAAUUAGAAUAUAAUUGUCAUACUUACAGGCAAAGUUUUGGUUGGGUGAAAAUUGCAGAUUUUUUCAGCUGAAAGUCGGUCAACAAUACCACUCAAACAGCAAUGCCAACAUAACAAAAAUAAUUUCCCUUAUAAAAUAGACAAUUACCAUUAUUUUAGUGCAAAAAUUCCCUUCAUAUUUCAAAUAUCUGAAAAGUUUCCGAUUUUUAAACUUUUUAUGAAAUUUUGUUGCAAUAAUUGGCCGCGGUUCUUGCUAUAUACACCAUUUUAUGGUACCUAAAUUAUUGUCACAUUUUGACAUCAAAAUUGUGUAGGUAGUUAAAAUAUAUAUACAUAUUAAUGAGACUCACUGUAUAUAUUAACAGUUAUUGAAUGGAUGCUUGUUUUCAGGCUUGAAUAGAGUGAAUAUGUCUUGGGUUCGAAUUUUUUCUUUCGUUACCUCGUAUGUGCUUUCAAAACCUUGUUGUCCUAUGAAUCAUCUUAGGGAAACAUCCACUCUAUACAUAGUGGAAUAGAGGCCUUAUUUUCUGGUUGUUGCAAAUACAUGAGAUUUAAACCAUUUUUGUCUAGUUUCUAAUUUACUAUUUUAGGUGAUGUAUAUUCUGUAUAUAUGUUAUUUAUUAUUAUUUGUUUUUUAAUAGACAAUUCUUAGUAAUUUCUGCUUGAGAUUGUCAUUUAGUUGUAUUGCACAUUCUGAUGUUUAUUUAUCUGUGUUAUAUGUUGGUUUAUGAUAAGUAGAAAAUUUAUGUCUGUGAUCAUUUUUGUGGCUACCAAAUUAAGAAAAUUCUUACGUUUUGUAUUUUAUUGUAAAAUUAAAUGAAUAUUGUUUGCGUUUCUGUCAUAGCUAGUUUGUUUAUACAAAUAUUGAGCACUGUUGGCGUUUUGAUAAGAUUUUGAUGAAGCCAGUAUUAUUGUUUGUAAUCAAAUGUAUCAAAAGAAUCUGAUUGAUACAAUUUAAUCAUACAAAUUUAGAAAAUAGCAUUGUUCAGUAACUAAUUUAAAAUUAUACAUAUGUAUUUUGAUUUAACUACAGGAAAGGAAUCACUAUUCGCGGUGUGCAAGUACUUGGAAAGGGAAACGAGAAACGACCGUGCGCGAGUCGCGUAGAAAUAUUGCAACUAUCUUAAAUAAUUCAUAUUGUCAAUUGAAAUUGUCAAAUUGACGUAUAUUUCAUACCUUCUGUCAUUGACGCAGAAAAAUUAUAUAUUGCUCCACAAUAUUGAUAUGAUAUGCAAUUAUUAUAUAAAGGUAAAUUUAAUUAAUUGUAUUUUGCUUGCAGUACUGGAUUUUAAUAACUGAUUUUAUUUACUACAUACAAUUGUUUACGUUUGCGAAACAUAACCUGCAUCUUAUUUUUUCUUCUUAUUAUUUUUUUGGACUAUGGUCUUGACAAUUAUCCAGUAACCAGGACUAAUAUAAUUGGCCAAUAUAAUUAAAAGGGCGAAUAAAAGUACAGAGCGUAGAAAUAGAGGUCGCUUUGCCGAACUUGCACGGUCCCAAUAUGGGUGUCAAUACAGAUAUAUUAAACUUGUAGAACUUUCUCAUAAGACAUUUUUGCUUGUAGAAGAGUUAUUUAUUUUGAAAAAAUAAGUUGUAAUAAAGAGUUCUUCAUUUUAGAA